UACCAUCAGUGUUUGCUUCUCACUCUUUGCCUGCUUGUGUUCACGAUUCGUCGCCUUUUCUUUAAUUUGUCGUCUCAAACUGUCACAAACGUCUUCACUCACUUUAUUUUUCUUUUCCAUCUUUCGACUGUUCGCCUCCUCCGCUCAGGUCCACACAGCGAUAUCGGAUUACUGCUGUGUAUUCCUACAGACACGUGCAAGCACAUGAUUCGGAUCCAAUGCGUAUAGCGACGGCGCUCACAUCAAAGGCAGCUGGAAAAGGGAGCGCCGGCUCUUUAAGAGCAUCGGGACGGGGAGGGCUGAGCAUCCAUAAAACAUGAGUGUAUUCAGUGGCCGUGCUAAGACAUGGUGAGGAGCGCCUCUGCACUCCGGCAUGCUCCCAUCCCCAUCACAGGCAGAGCGUCCCCCGUCCGACCAACACAUGCUGACACAGCCCAGCCUGACGCCGAGACAUGGACGCAUGGGGAAGGAAGGGAUAAACCUGGAGCGAGGGAAGACAGGACGCACGAGAAAACAACAGUAGAAGAAGAAGAAGAAGAGUGAAUGGACAAGAAAGAAACGGCUUAAAGAAGAUCGGAAAGUGACGGCGCGGUAGAGGACAGUAAACAGGUGCAUUGAGGCGGAGAAUGGGCAAUUCCUCCUUCCCAGGUCGAGAGAAGAGAAAGGGUCCCAUGAUCUCUGCCGGUGAUGCCGAAUUCCCGCGGGAUUACCACACCCUGGCUGCCGGCGGCGGCGGCCGUGGGGCCCGGCGGUUCCCCGACAACACCAACGGCGGGUUCACGUCGUCCUCGCUGGACCGCCGGCACAACUCUGUGGCCGCCAAGAGCCUGGAGGCCCUGAACAGCAUCCACAAGGCGGACAUCGAGCGGCAGCGAGACGCCCUCAUGGAUCUCCAGAAAAACAAGUACUGCAACAGCCCGGGCAGCAUGUCGCAGGGCUCCGCCCCUGCUGGACGACAGCAACAACCAAACUACUGGAGCUUCAAGACUCGCACACCUCGUGUGACCCGACUGAGCCCGACACAGCCGGCUCUCGCCGACCAGGCCAGCAGGGUAUCCUUCGCGUCAGCUGAAAAUCUGGAGACCAUGUCAGAGCCUGAUAUCCCCAUCGGCUUUAACCGGAUGAACCGGCUCCGCCAGAGCCUGCCGCUGGCCCGCUCGUCCAGCCAGGCCAAGCUACGAGCGCCAGGGAUCUUGUUCCUCCAGCUUGGGGAGGAGACACGCAGGGUGCACCUGACCCACGAGCUGACGAGCCUGGACACCCUGAGGGCCCUCAUCGUGCACAUGUUCCCCCAGAGGCUCACCAUGGCCAUGCUCAGGUCUCCCAGCACGGCUCUGCUGAUCAAAGACGAGACCCGUAACGUCUUCUACGAGCUGGAGGAUCCGCGGGACGUUCAGGACCGCUGCGUGAUUAAGAUUUACUGCAAAGAGCCCAUCUACGGCACCUACCCCGGACACCACAACCCACACCUGGCCAACGGAGACCUGCGGAGGGAGAUGGUGUACGCGCCUCAGGACUCUCCACCCAACCGCCGCCUCAGCAACCCGCCCAUGUCUUCCCAGCAUUCAUCUUCCUCCGCCUCCCCUCAAGGCUCGCCGUCCCGCGCCCGCCUCCUCUACAGCGGCGGCCGGCCUUCUUCCUACGCCGGGCCGCCCCACCACACCCACUCCCUGCCACACCCGCAUCCACACCCGCACUCCCAGUCCCAUCACUCCUCUCCCCACCAGCAGCCACAGCUCCACCAGCCCCAUCACAGCCAGCAGGCCUUCUGCGCCUCCUCCAGCGCCAUCUUGGAGCGCAGGGACGUGAAGCCCGAUGAUGAAGUGGGAGGAUCCAGGAGCAUGGUGCUGCUGCGGGGAGACGAACGUGGUGGAGGGGGGAUCUACGCCGAUCCCUACUCUCUGGGCCCAGACCCGAGUCGGCUGAGUCUCGCAGGGGGUCCUCACUCCCCUCUGCCAGCCAGAGCAGACCCCUACGGCUCCUUAUACCGCCGUGGAGGAGGAGGUGGAGGAGGCGGAGGAGGAGGUGCUGGAUCGAUGCGUUCGCUCACCUCUUAUACAGCAGCCGCUUUGCAGGGUGAGCUGAUGGAAAGCGGCGCUCUCUACAGGCCGGGCGGGCCGCUUUAUAACGACGCCUACGCUGCGUCCAUGUUGGCCAUGGGGCUGCGGGUGCCGCCUCCUUCCUCCCCGCAGAAGAUACCCGACAUGAGGGAUUCCUACGGCGGCACCAUGCCGGGCCGGGGCUCGCCCGGCAGGCAGAGCUUGAGGAGGGACUCUGUGACCUCGUCUGUGUUUGGGGACAGUCCCAAAGCCCGGGGACAGGGUUCAGGGUUGGGUCUCACCUCAGAGCAGCUCUGCCUGAUGGCCGGUCCUGGAGGGGAGGGGGGCGGCGCCGGAGGCUUCGGCUCACCUCUGCUGGGAAACGAAACAGAGACGAGGGAGCGUAUGGAGGCCAUGGAGAAGCAGAUAGCGAGUCUGACCGGGCUCCUGCAGAGAGUUCUGAGCCGAGCGCCUGAGGCAGAAAGCCCGGAGAAGAUUGAGUCAGCCAGCGACUGCUCGGGAACUGACACUGGACGAACAAAAAAAAAGAAAGCUUUGACACCAUCUGCUCCGUUGGCCCUCAUGCCACCUCCACCCUCGGGGGCCAACCAGCCUGUGACGGUGUCUCGCCUGCAGAUGCAGCUUCACCUACAGGGCCUCCAGCAGAACACCAACGCACUGCGCAAACAACUGUCGCAGCUACGCAACAUGCAGCUGGAGAACCAGGACUCGGUCCUGUCCCUGCUGAGGCAGACGGAGUCGGAGCUGAGCCUCAUGAUGCUGGACGCCAUGCGCACGCAGGAGGACCCGCUCCAGAGACAGCGCCUCCUCGUGGAGGAGGAGAGACUCAAGUACCUCAACCAGGAGGAGCUGCUCAUCCAGCAGCUGCACGACCUGGAGAAGUCGGUGGAGGAGCUGCAGAGGAACUCGUCUGUCAACCACGGCCUGGUGACGGAGCAGGACGUGGAGCAGAAGAGCAAAGAGCUGAGGAUGCUGGGAGAGACGCUGACCGAGCUCAAAAACCAGUUCCCCAGCCUGCAGAGUAAGAUGCGAGUGGUGCUGAGGGUGGAGGUGGAGGCUGUUAAGUUCCUGAAAGAGGAGCCGCAUCGCCUGGACGCCCUGCUGAAGCGCUGCAACACCAUGACCGAUGCGCUCAGCACGCUCCGCAGUUUCUUGUAUCCCUCCUAUACGUACAGACAAGUCACAGAAGGCGUGUGGAAGGGCCCUGAGGACCUCUCCAGCCAAUCACAGAAGCGUGCCGAGGACAUGAGUCGCAGCUCUGACCUGGAUAUCCUAAACAGUCCUCCUCUCAGCCUCACCGACCUGAGCACCAGCGCCGGCCUUGCCAACUGGAUGCCCGUGUCCGCUGGCGACGCGGACUCCUCGGGCCCCGAGCAGGACAUCCAGCCUUCGAUGUCCUUCAGAAACCGGGUCCUCGAUGAGCUGCCGAGGCGCCCCGGAGAUAAGUCGGUGUCGGCUGAAGUCAGACUGGCGGCAGAGCGGGACUGGGAGGAGAAGCGUGCCAGCUUGACCCAGUUCAGCGCCCAAGACAUCAAUCGCUUGCUGGAAGAGACCCAGGCUGAGCUGAUGAAGGCCAUCCCAGACCUCGACUUCGCUGCCAGGCACAUCAACAAGCCCGCGGUGCCCCCCAAGCCCCAGAUCACCAUCCCAAUAACAUCCACCACAGUUACUUCUCCUGCAGCUGGGACCACUGGGACUGCAGCCACCACCACCACCACGACAACCACUACACCCAGCGGGGACCAGCAGCCUGGGAAAGUGCAGCUGGCCGCCCAGAAGCUGAACAGUAUGGAGGGAGGCGGCUCGCAUCGAGGGUCGGUCGAUCUCAGCGUGGCCCGGUACCGUACAGAGAAACCCUCCAAGUCUCCGCCUCCACCACCGCCUCGCCGAAGCUUCCCGUCGGCGCACGGCCUCACCACCAACCGCACCGGAGAGGUCAUCGUCACCACCAAGAAUCUGAAGAUGGAGGAAGAUGGUGACAUGCCUAAAACUUUGGUGAAGCUGAGGCGGACCCCGUCUGACACCCCUCGACCCGCCUCCACCCCGCCUGUGAUCGCAGCGUCAGCCAUCCAGGACGAGGACGACGAAGAGAAGAUCAUCGCCGAGUUAGAGAUAUUUCAGAGAACGCCUGUUAGAGAUUGUAAUAAUCGGUACAGCGCCCCACCAAAGGCCACGCCCACCCCGCCCUGCACCUUUGGGUCCUUGGGCAAAAAGAACAGCAGCAACUCUCCGGGCCCGAUGAAAGGUCCCACCGUCGCAGCCCGGCUCAAACACCUCCAACAAGGGAGCCUUGAGAGGCCCAAAACCCGCAAGCAGAAAGAGGAUUUCCCCAAAGUCCAGGGCCAGCAGCAGCGCUGACGUUUUGUCACUUUGUCACUUCUGGCCAAUCACCAUCAGCCUGGCUGAUGUUUUCACCGCUUCGCCUCACUUCAUUUCAGCCUGUGAGCCUUCAGUCUUUCGUUCUCUCUCUCUCGCUUUGCUUUUUUCAUCCUCUGUCUGCUUCUCAGGUCUCAGCUGGACUAAAAACGUGAGGAGCGAGUACUCGGAUCAUUCUGGUUCUGGACUCGAUCUUAGUUCAGACGUGAGAUUUUGUCCGACUGUCAGGUAGAGAAAUGAUCUCAGUAGGGAGUCAACACACCAAUAAUUUGAACACAUACACUCUGGACCUGCAGCACGAGGCGUCGUGAGGAUUCACUUCUAACAUCUGUGUUGCAAAUUCAUCAUCAACCAUCUCUAACAAUAACACGACGUCUGUGUCCCAGCUUCAAACUGCACACUAACUCUGAAGUUACAAAAGAAUCAGGGAAGUUCCUCCAGAGAUUCAGAGUUUUGUUUCCAUGAAGACGGGAGGAUUAAAACCUGAACGAUGCGUGUGACAACACGUUUUUAUUGAGCGUUGUUCAGAGCUUGUCAGGCGGUUGAAUAGCUUCAGAAACUUCCUCCCUCCGACACCUCCGGACGUCGGAUUAACGAGGCCGCAUCUGACAAUUUCUGAAACGGAUAAUCCGACAUUCACGCCCACUUCAGGCCACGAUCGGUCAGCGGGGCGGGGGCGAGAAAAAGAGCCGGGGUUUAUAAAGUGUUAUUAAUACAACGAUCCACGUCUUCUUCACGUCUUUGGCCGACGUUGAACUAACAGUGUUGAGGCGUGAUGACUCUUUCCUCCUGUCUGUAGCGAUGUCUGCCAGACUUGGCAGCUUUUUUUGGGGGGGGAGCAUUUAAUCUGUUUAUUAGAGAGACACGGGAAGGCCGUGAUGUUUUCCACCUACGUCCGCUCUGCGUAGUUUAAGGAAAUGAAAGAGCUCUUGAUGAAAGUCACAUAUCACUAUUGUACUCAUCGAGAUUGACAUAAUUUCACCUUCCUGGAGAGAGGCUGCGAUUUCUUUCACACCGUACAGUAAAGAUACUCGACUGUAAGAUCUCAUCAAACAUCCUCCUCAAAUCAUAAGUCUAGAUCAGCUGAGCGUCGACGCAGAAAAGUCUUUCAAUCGGGUCAGUUUGGAGUUUUACAGAAAUUCAUCACAACCAUCGAGCUCUGCAUAACGACCGAAGGGCAGGGAUAAAAAUAAACGAGGACAUCUCGAGCUCGUUUGGCCUGGAAAGAGGAACGAGACUCGGCUGUCCCAUGAGUCCACUGUUGAGUCUGCAAUAUAUUUAAAAACCGAAUAAUAUUAAAUAACAUUACAGGUGUACGAGAACAGAAAGUGUUUCUGUAUGCAGAUGACAUUUCAUUCUACGCGUCACACCCGGAGACUUAAAUGUCUUUUGUGGACGUCUUUGGCGAUUCAAGCUGAAUAUUCAAAAGACACAAAUACUUUAGUUUCAGUCUCAUGUAGUCAGAGAUUAUAAAAUAUAAACUAUAACUGAUUAAUUCAGUUAGUACGAAGUGUGAAACUGGGACACGGUCGAUGUUUGUUGUAAGGUUAAAUCAAACCGUGGACGUGAACUGUGAAGAGAAACUGGAGGGAAAUAUUAAUCUCAUACUGUGAGUGUAUUUAUACCACCUCAGAUUACAAACAGUAUAUAGUUAAUACAUCUAUGGAAUGUAUUAGUAGUCCUUAAAGCUAGCACGCUUAAAUAACAGUUAGAGUAUAACCUGAGUCACUUCACAGAUAUAUUGUAUGUAUAUUAAAAUGACCAUUUAGUUUUUGUUGGGAAGAAAGAAAUCGCUUUAUUAACAUGUAAAAAAGAAAAAGUAUCAUCUAUGUUUUAUAUAAUCAAGCUUUUUUUGUAUUUUUAUACUUGAAGAGGAUUCAUAAGCAUGUAACACAUUUAUUUUGUAAAUUAUUAUUUUUUUUAAUUUUGGUUUCCUGCUCCACCAUAAAACAAAAACCAUGAACACACUUUGUUGUAGAAGACCAGUCAGCAGUGGGCGGUGUAACGCGCCUCCACGUUUAUAUAUAAGAAGCACAUGUUCUCCUCCUCCUUCCUCCAAACGUCACCUCGCCUCGAUAGGACGCCCCCGUUUUUGUAGCUGUUCUCCUCUAUUAUAACCCACGUGUCACGUACACGACACGGACCACAGUCUAAACUCUAUUGAUGGUUUCUUGAUGAAUGUGUGAUUGUUCAAACCAUUCGUGGAUGUAACAGAAAUGUAUAUAAACCCAAAUAAUAUAUUACAGAAUUGAUUUUAUGUGAAAUUUUCUAGACGGGAAAAGAAGAAAAAAAAAGUGGCAUGCAUACUGUAAACAUUCCUGGAAAUCUGCACGCUGGGUCAACAGAGGUCUCAUUUUCUGUCAAUAAUUCUGUGUAUACUUGUGAGUGUAUGAUAGAGUAAACAAAUUGUACAGUAACAUAGAUUUUUGUAUUAUGUUCAAACUGGGUCGAUAACGCCCCUUUUACUGUGACGACGAAGAAAAAACGAUUAACUAUCGAGGAAGAUAUUCGAAUGAUAUCAUAGAUACUGUUUCCCAGUCUGAGAGUGAUGCUUGCUGUGUGGGGUAAGUGUUGUUUGUGAAUCGUGAAGAAGAAUGAUAAUCUACUACAAAGUCAGUAUAACUAAAGACCAACUAAACCGUGCAAAACAACAACACGCAACUUUUUGUGUAUGGAAAGUUAAAAUAAAAAAAAAGUUGCUGCUUCGUGUGAGAAAAAUCAACCAAACUAAAAAAAAAGUUUGCUGCUUUUGUACGUUCCUGUUGUGUUUUUGUGACAAUAAAGGUGACCCUCUUAUACA